GUGAGAGCUGGAGAAAGCUGGCACCAUGCUGACCUUGUGCACCGUGAAGAAGCAGACUCCGCUUCUGGAAAUUCCACCGUCAAUACAGAUGGGGGAGAGGAGGGUCCCCAGAGCUGCCGUGUAUGUGGGGACAAGGCCACUGGAUAUCACUUCAAUGUCAUGACAUGUGAAGGAUGCAAGGGCUUUUUCAGGAGGGCCAUGAAACGCAACGCUCGGCCCCGGUGCCUCUUCCGGAAGGGCACCUGCGAGAUCACGCGGAAGACCCGGAGGCAGUGCCAGGCCUGUCGCCUGCGCAAGUGCCUGGAGAGCGGCAUGAGGAAGGAGAUGAUCAUGUCGGAUGCGGCUGUGGAGGAGAGGCGGGCAUUGAUCCGGAGGAAAAAGAGGGAACAGAUCAGAACUCAGCCUCCAGGAGCCAAGGGUCUGACGGAAGAGCAGCGGAUGAUGAUCAGGGAGCUGAUGAACGCUCAGAUGAAAACCUUUGACACCAACUUCUCACAAUUCAAGAAUUUCCGGCUGCCAGAGGUGCUUAGCAGUGGCUGCGAGAUUCCAAAUUCUCUGCAGACUCCAUCGGGGGAAGAAGCUGUCAAGUGGAGCCAGAUUAGGGAAAAUCUGGGCCGAGUGAAGGUCUCUCUGCAGCUGCGGGGGGAAGACGGCAGCGUCUGGAACUACAAGCCCCCAGCUAACAACAGCGGGAAAGAGAUCUUUUCCAUGCUGCCCCACAUAGCGGACAUGUCAACCUACAUGUUCAAAGGCAUCAUCAACUUUGCCAAAGUCAUCUCCUACUUCAGGGACUUGACCAUUGAGGACCAGAUCUCCCUGCUGAAGGGGGCCACCUUUGAGCUGUGCCAGCUGAGAUUCAACACAGUGUUCAACGCAGAGACUGGGACCUGGGAGUGUGGUCGGCUGUCCUACUGCUUGGAAGACCCUGCAGGUGGCUUCCAGCAGCUUCUCCUGGAGCCCAUGCUGAAAUUCCACUACAUGCUGAAGAAGCUGCAGCUGCAUAAGGAGGAGUAUGUGCUGAUGCAGGCCAUCUCUCUUUUCUCUCCAGACCGCCCGGGUGUGGUACAGCGCUGCGUGGUGGACCAGAUGCAGGAGCGGUUCGCCAUUACCCUGAAGGCCUACAUCGAGUGCCACCGGCCCCAGCCCGCCUACCGGUUCCUGUUCCUGAAGAUCAUGGCGAUGCUCACCGAGCUCCGCAGCAUCAAUGCCCAGCACACCAAGCGGCUGCUGCGCAUCCAGGACAUUCACCCCUUUGCCACCCCACUCAUGCAGGAGUUGUUCGGCAUCGUGGAAGGCUGAGUGGCUGCCCCAGGCCAGGGCGCUCGGAGCCUCCACUCCCGGGGCUAGACAGACGGAUGCUGCUGACAGUGCCCUGUGUGUCCUGCCUCCCCAGGGAACUCACGAUGACAGCUGGGAUGAUGACUGGUUAGCAUUCCUCAGGAAGGGGACAUGGGAUCCCCCAGCCCUGAGCUCAGUCUGUGGAGAGCCAAGCCCUAGACCCUGACAUGGAGAGUACACUGGCCCAUAGGUCAGCCCAUCGAGAGGCAAGACCACAGUCCCUUUAGAAAAGGCGCUGGAUCUAGGGAUUUAGUGUCAUGGUGGGAGAGGGGAAAGGGCACCUGUGGCUGGGCCAUCUGAGGGUCUGUGCCCACGCCCAGUUUAUUAGCUUAGUGGGUAUUUACACUGCUACGUCUCAUACCCUGUCUCCUGCUUGCCACCUAUUCCCAAUCUGAAGCCUCCUGUCCUGAGCUGAGCUGCUCCAUGAGUUCCAGGCCCAUGUCCACCAGUAGGUACAUUAGUGUCUCUGGGAGAAUUCUAGAGAGAGGCCAGAAGGUCAAAUGCACCAAAUGUCAUGAGCCUGUCAUGACCUCUCUAUGUCUAUUAUCUCCUUCUGGGCCCCUCAUUCUGUGUCUCUGCAUUCGUUGAAACACAUCAUUAAGCACCA